AUGUCUUCGUGCACAGAAUCCGUCUCAGCCACCUCAGCCGAGGAGCUCUCCUACCAAGAUCCGAAUGACAUUGUCGUCGAGAUCUUGGAAGAGCAUUCUCCCCAGAUUCUGCUGCGGGCGCUGUCCCGCGUUGCGGUCGAGCAGCUCGGGGAGACAGGCUGCUUUGAAGAAGGAGGCAGGGCGGCCGUUGCUGAGGAGAAGGCUUUCGACUUGGUAAGUCGGCCCGCCUUGUCUGCCUUCCUCCGCGAGAGGCUGGGUGAUAGCUAUGAACUUCGCAUCUGGCAAAAACUCUUGGCGUCGAGCACGGGGUCACUCGAGACUCCUUGGGGAGUGUCAGAACUCUCUGUACAGCGCGGUAUCCGGCAGGGGUCGGUUGAAUCACCCCUUUUCUUCGCCUGCUUGGCGGAGAUGACCGUGGAAAAAACAGCAGAAAGAUUCCACUGGAAGAGAGAGGACACCGCACUUCCUGGUUUACACCUCAGCGAAGCCUUGUUUGUGGAUGACUCGAUCUUGUGGAACUCCUCAUUGUCUGACCUGGGGCUGAGAACGGAACAGUGGGCACACACCUUGGCUGAGUGUGGUCUGCGGAUUAACAUCGAGAAGUGUGCCCUUUAUGUUAGUCCGUUUCAUCGUGGGGGGCGAAGCAUCACGGUACAGGGGGUGACCCUGAAAUCCGGAGAACACCUGAAUGUCAUGGGUCUACAACUCAGUGUGACGGGCACCACGUGUCGGAUGCUGGCAGGGCUGCUUGCGAGAGCUAGAGACACCUUUUGGAGUAUGAAAAAUCUUCUCUUGUCGGACGCACCGAUACAUGCUCGGAUUCGACUCAUGCACACGGUGGUGGGCGGGUGUGGACUUUGGUGUAUCUCCGCCUUCUUUCCAGACCAAUCGGCGCAGCACCUUGUGAACACUUUCCAGAUGCAGUUGAUCAUUAGCAUGCUGAAGAUUAGACGGCGACCAGACGAAGGGUGGUUGCAGUUUCGAAAACGGUCCUAUAGGACAGCGAGGGCGGUUUUGUGGCAGGGGCAACAUCGCAGGUGGAGCAGUGUAUGGUGUGAGAGACACUGGUUGUACUUGGGCCAUCUUGCCCGGUCGUUGCUUCACGACCCGCCCCCUGCUGCUGGACUGGUCUGUGCCUACCGCAAUCGGGAAUGGUGGUUGUCAGAGCAAGCAAAGAGAGACACUGAGGGAGUUCGGCAUGCAGGCAAAUUCUUUCCUCGUCUCAUGCUCGCUGAGACCCAUCUGGAUACAGUUGCAGGUGGACCCUGGCGAUUUUAUGCACAAGAUCGAGCGAAGUGGGCAGGCCUUGUGCCUGCAUGGGUAAGGUUUGCGGAUGUACCUUGGAGUUCAGGGAGACAGCUUGCCUUGGCAGGCGACUGA